AUGAUGGAAGACACCUUCGAAUCAUAUCUCGGAAUGCGUCCUAACGAAGAACAGCGACGUCCUUCCUCCAACAUACUCGACAACCAUCUUUCACCACAACUUUCAUUGGGAUCAUCCCCUACCGGUCCACAAGCAACAGCAUCCGAUUUUUCACUUGACGAAUUGGAAAACAUGUUCGACUGGGAUCACUCCUCACAACAUUUCCCAUCACCUUCAUCUUCAUCAACAUUAUCACCACCCACCGAUCACUUGAUGCAAGAUGAUGUUCAUGUUGAGGCACAAAAAGCCUUUGGUUUCUUUCCCACAGGAAUCUAUGAUGGCUAUUUUGGUGAGCCGUAUUCGCUCAAUGGCCAAAUGCCUGGAAUUGCUAUCCCUGCCACGCCACUUGCAGAUGGCCCGACAACCAUUUCUCCUUCAACAUCCUCAUCAGGCGUAUCCACCACAUCCACUUGGCAAAUCCCACCUAUCAAUGCAUUCACUGUGCCCGAUGGUGUUCAAACAACACCAACACCUCCUAUCGAGCGUGAUGAUACCAACAACAACAAUUCAACCAUCGGCCGUAAACGCUCUAGCAGUAAUGCUGAAUUCUGGCAAUUGGAACCAACACAGCAAAUUAAAAAAGUAGCACACAACGCUAUCGAACGUCGCUAUCGAACCAACAUCAACGACCGUAUCAAUGAUCUCAAGAACGUUGUGCCAGCACUUUACAAGGCCAAAGUCGGCGAAAAGAAUGAUGACGAUGAAUCGGAUGAUGAGUCUGGUGAAACAGAAAUCGUUGAUGGUAUCGAAGUGGCCAAAAAGCUCAACAAGGCAACCAUUUUACGCAAAGCAACCGAGUACAUCUUGUUCUUAAGACGCAACAAUGACCUUGCCAACCGUGAAAACCAAAUCCUGCAGCACAUCAUUGGACAAAUGCCUGGUGGACAACAAGUACUUAAUGAAUUUUUGGCACGAAAACGCGAGUUUCAACAACAAGAGCAAGAGCGUCUUGCUCGUGAACGUAAAGAAGCUCGUAUGCGCGAACAAGUACAGCGUCAAGAAUUAUUGAAAGAGCGUGCAGCCCAACGUGCAGCUCUCGCACAGCUAUUACCAAAGCGUGAACGUCGACCUUAUCGUCGAAGAAAGAAGGCUGAACAAGAUGCCAAGAAGAGUAAAGCUGCAAACAAGGAUCAGGGGCCAAACCAAAUGUUUAUGGCAAUGUACAUGUGUGUUGCCUUUUUCUCGGCAUCACCUUUCAGCACAUCCGACAAUGCUCCAAAGCAUAAUACAGCCUCUGGUCAUCAUUAUCCACAUACUUCUCGCAUCCCAUUUUCCAACACAACCACCUUCAAUCAUCCAUCAACGCCUUCCUCCCAAUUUCUCAGCUUGAGUGCAUGGACUUGGCUGCAGAUCGCUGUUUAUACCUUUGGCUUCAUUUAUCUUAUCAUUCUCCCAUGGCUAAAUCGUGCUGCUUCUCGGCGUACCAAUAAGAAAUGCCAUCACUCACACCAUCAUUAUGCAUCUGAAGUCGUAUCAUCGUGGCAUCAGCUUUACGAUUCAAUGAUCAGCCAUGCACCCUUAUCUCAAUCUCCUUUGGUGUUGGUGUUGCAAACGCUUUACGACAUGCUGGCAUUUCUUCCUUUUUAUCGUUCCCUAUUCGCCACAACACACGUCACCGAAAGUGAACUCACCAAAGCCGCCGCUUGGACAAGAUUAAGUGAAAUGCAGUGCCUUGGAGCUGAGCCUUCGGUAACUAAGCUUCAACUUUUACGCUCAUGUGUGGCCAUGUUGUCUCGUAUCCAUUUGCUUGAACGUGAUCCUCGUCUCGUUACUGAUCGUACCACGGCCCGAGUCAAUAUUACUGCUGCCAUCCAACUUCGAUUGGUUUUUGGUCCCAACCGAUUUUCAGACAAGCUUGCAGGCAACGAACCACCCCAACAAGUCAUGUCCAUGCUUGCCAACCGUACCUCAAGCCGCACUUGCCCCACUGUAUUUUACUCAUACGUGUUGCCUUAUCUCGUGACACCUCUUGAUUGGAACGACUAUUGGUUGGCACUUGACAAGCUCCAAGCCAUGUAUAUCCAAUGGAUGCUUUCAGAAGGCAACAGCAGUGAAUUGUUUAACAUGUUUAGCACAAAGGAUGUACCUGCCAUGGUUGCCUGGUGGACGCAUCUUGGCAAAUGUCUUGGAAACGGUUCAGCUCCUUCAAGCAGCCUUGAAUUUUUGCAUACAUUGAUUGAUAAGGAUGAAAAAUGCCCAUCCUCCGUAUUACUCAAACGCCAUUGUCGAUCCAUCUACCACUUUGUGCAAGCCGCCAGCAACAACAACAACAGCGAAACAUGUGCCAACCAUCUGGAGCAGGCUCUCGCAGACCACAAUGCAUCCGCUGAUUGUAUUGCUUAUUUAGCACCGGCGGAUUUGCAUGGCAACCAUGAAGCGGAUUUGUUGCACUUGUCCACCUUGGCUGUUCAUUUGCAUGUGUAUCGUCGUUUAUCAGGCACAGAGAAUGAUUUACUACAACGCUAUCGACAGCAAAUCAAGGAGCGUAUUGUUCGACAAGUGGAACUUCCCAUUGUCGAUGACGAGUGCCGUGAAAAAGUUGAAGCCAUCCUUUCCAACUAG